AUGGGGCUUCUCAACUCCAUUGGCGCCUUUGCUGACCGGGUUUCCACCUCGCAUCAGAACGACAGCUUUUACCUCGUCAAAAGCCCCCUUUUUAUGCAAUUCUGGGAUAUAUGUGUUCUGAGAUAUCCAGAUCCACUUGAUCUGUACGACUGGAACCAUGAGAUUAUACUCAUUUACUUCGUGGCUGGAGCCAUUGACUAUGGCAUUAUUACAAUCUUUAUCUCAAUUUAUUCGUCAUACGCAGCCCUAGUAUCAUACGGAGUCAAUCAUCCUGAUGCCGUCUCUUCGUUAUCCGAGUUGCGGAGCCCUAAGUCAAAAGUCUACGCCGGGCUGCUCUUCUUCAGUUUCGCAAUUCGUGCUUGGAGGCUUGGGCUUGCGACUAUUCAAAGAACUUGCGAUCUGCAUCAUUUGCAAUGGCACGAGAUGCGAAAUUUGUGUAUCCUGAUUCUACUUCUUUGCCCAGCACUGGCCUGGCAUUUGCUUUUCGAAACGAUCUUCAACUUCUUCCAACUAGAUGAAAAUCGACCUUGGCUUGGGCAACUGUUUUGGUUGAUUCUCAGCAGGGACUGGGAUACAGCUCAGUUCUUCUCAGGAUGGCUCGCUACUAAAGACAAGGAGGUCCUGAAGCAGGAGAGUGCUAUGCGAUUGAACGAGACCUGGACAGGAUUUUUUAUCAGAUGUAUGAAAAUCACAGCAGUCACAACGCCACUUCAGAUGGCUGUGCAAAAUCUCCCGUAUCUGGUUGUGGCCUUGGUCGUAGCAGUGGGGCAGAACAGAGCUGCAAUUGGUGGGUUUGUGGGGGGAUUGUUCACAAGGUUCGGAGAUCUUGGAAUAGUCAAAAAGUUUCAAAAACUUGAUGAGUCCGUCAUCAGAGCAAGAGAUCACUUGGCACUGCUGCUGAUACAGGGAGUGCGCAGAGGAAGAGUUUCUUGGCGAAGAAUGGGAUUCCCCCAACGGAUCGCGCAUCUAAGAAGGCUUGUGGGCGCAACUCUCGACGCAUUUUACUUGGCUUGCAAUUCAUAUAUUACUUCAGCCCUCCAUAGGUUUGCAAGAUACGGGCCUACAUUUCAGUCAUUCAUGAUUAGCCGCAACUCAAAGGCCAAAACCUCACCAUCGAACAAAAAGGCCGAAGGGUCUAUUCCCCGCCUUUUUCGUCUUCUGGAGGUCGACCCUUCUGCAUCCGAAGAUCAAGUCAUAACUUGUAGCAUGUCGUGGUAUAACCUUGAAACUGCUCCAAAAUAUACUGCAGUCUCUUAUGUCUGGGGCUCGAGCGAGGCCAAUUCCACUAUGAUACUCAACGGUAAAGAAUGCAGGACCACUUCUUCAGCGCUUGUCGCUCUCAAGGGUUUACGAUCAAAAUGGCGAAAGAAGAAAUUCUGGAUCGACGCCAUCUGUAUUGAUCAAUCGAGCGAUGCUGAUAAAGCCGAGCAAAUAGCGAUUAUGGCUGGUAUCUAUAGAAAUGCAAAGCAAGUAACUGUCUGGCUGGGAUCUGACCAGGAAAGUACACUGGCUUUGAGCCUAGCUCGACGGCUCUGGAUCAGAACCAGAUUAAGUGGAGUAAUGGGUUCGUCUAACUAUUCACUGGAUGCGCCAGAACCAGCAUGGCAAGCAUUGCAGAGACUGCUACAGAAUCGUUGGUUUCAACGAUCAUGGGUCGUCCAAGAGGUUAUGUCUAGCAAUGUGGUAGUGCGAUACGGCAAUGCAGAAAUUGAUUGGGUCACACUUUCCCGGCUUGCAAUGGCAGUGGAGAGCGAACCACAGAGCAUGCAAAAGCUAUACUCCUUGACAGAAAACAAGGAUCCUAAUUCUUCAGGGUCAGAUGCUCUCAAAAUCAAGUAUAUCAGGAUCAUGGAAGAAUUCAGAUCAAUGCAUUCGGCAGAGGAUCAGCAUUUAUCUCUCCUCUACUACCUGGUUCGCAUGUUUCGUUCCGGCUGCAGAUUCAAAGCAACCAACACGCAAGAUCGUGUCUACGCCCUACUCAAUCUUUCAGGGUUGGCUGGAGAUGUGGUGUUCAACGACCUCUUAAACAAUAGCAGAAUGCUCGGUAACGUGAAUCCGCAAAUCACCCCAGACUACUCAAAAAGACUUUCCGAAUUCUUCACCACUGUGGCACGGCACUUUCUUUCCUCCGGCCCAGAAAACCGUCGCCUGGACUUCCUCGCCCAUGCUGGCACCGCUUAUACCUACGGCCAUAGCCAACUUCCAAAUCUUCCAUCAUGGGUGCCAGAUUGGAGCCUCGAAGAUCCACCAUGUCUGCCAUUAAUUGGCUACGACGGCACCCUCGAGCUUUUACAGCAUCCGAGGCUGAAAGGUAUCUUGGUGGGUGUGGCAGAUAUGCAAAGCUACGACGAAAUAAGCUUUAGUGGACGUCCAGAACAAGAGAGGGCACUGAAGAGGCUCAACGCCAUGGCCAAAACCAUGAAUGAGACAACCCUUUAUAGCGCCGCGAAAGAAACGCUACCGAAUUUCUUGAUCCAUGAAGACAAUAAUAUACUUGAACUCAAAGGUGUAUCCGUUGAUCGCAUACAAUACAUAGGCCGUGUCUACCCCUCCAAACCCCUCGAUUCAUCUCCAGAGGCCCCCUUUACUUCCAUCACCACUCUUCUAAUAUCUUGGUACCAACUCGGCAUCGGGCCCAACGACGGGCACGACCCCGCCAUUCUCGCAGCCCGUCGUGCAAUGUUCGAACGCACGCUUCUCGCAGAUCUCUCACAACCUAUAUUUGAUUUCACGCUCCCCGACGCGCCCAUACGCCCUGUGCCGCCGAUGGAUCUCGGUCUGAUGACUAUUCUACUAGCUUUGGGCUACGGGGGUAUUAAUCUAGAUAUUGUUCCUGGUGGUGAGGAUAUGGUGCGAAGGUUGAAAGAGCGUAUCAAGCAUCUUAAUAUCACUUGUGCGGGGCGUGCGUUUGGCAUUACGGAGAAGGGCAGGAUGGGCUUGUUUAUGCAAGGGUGUGAGGUGGGUGACGAGGUGUGUGUAUUUGAGGGCUCGGGAGUGCCUUUUGUGGUCAAGAGGGUGGAUGGAAGGGGAGCAUUGCAAGGUGGAAAGGACAGUGCACACGAAACUGGUUUUGAUGGGAAAGAGAUUAAUGACAUGGAAGACAGCGAGGAGAACGCUUCUUAUGAGCUUGUUGGAGCUGCUUAUGUCCACGGCAUUAUGGAUGGGGAGGCAAUGGAUGGCUCUGGGGAAGCAGCAAGGUUUCUGCUAAAAUAA